AUGGGCAAGUUCUUGCUGCUGGCAGUAGGUACUGAGGGAGUUAAGCUCUGGAACCUUGAAACUUGGAAGGAGUGGACUUUGGUGACACACUUGGAGUCCCAUGGCAUUGUUCUUUCACUGAGUAUGAGCUCACAGCUUCAGCCAGUGUUUGCAGUUCAUCUCAAUAGUACUGUUCCAAAGUCUAUUGCCUUUGGUGAGAAUGGAAGCAUCUAUGUCUUUGCUCCCAUCUCCAAGCCUUGGACAAUUAUACCAAUUUUACGGGGCCUGACCGGCAUUAUCAUUGUGUUGGCCCUAAUUGUGCUAGGAGGACACCUCCCAAUUGCACGUACUAGUAUUGAGCUGGGCACAUGGAUGAUGGACCAUCUGUUUGUCCCACACUGGCCAAAUGCAUUUACCAUUGACCUAUCCUGCCUCUUCCAUGUCAAACCCACAUCUGCAGUUCCUUACAGUGGGGAGGGCAACAUAGACAUGCUUUGGGAAAUCGCACAGCAAAUCAGUGAGGUCAAGCAAAUUAUUGGGGACAUACAAGCCAGACACAGUGUGACUGGGACUGCCAGCACAAGUGGAAGUGAUGGAGUCAUCACUGGGAGCCAGAGGAGGCUUGAACAUUGGAAGGAGGACUAUGCCAGAGAAUCAGUGAUCUACUUGUAA